AUGCAGUCCCCUGAUGGAGAAGGUGUGUCUCCAGACCAGUCCCUGUGGAGCCUCAUCCAAGACCACGUGUCUCCGUCAGAGCUGCCACAGAUCCACUCUGCUGUGGGACACGAGCUGGUGGACAGGUACACAGAAGCAUACGCUGAGAUGGAGAAGUGGCAGAGAAUACUCCAGGACUAUGGGACCGGGACCCCUUUUUCAGGACACAAUGUCCCCCUCCCGGACCCCCCGGCUGUGAAGGAGCUGGUGAGAGCCGAGGUGGGCAUGCUGCUGCAGACCCUGAGAGAGAGGGCGGGCAGAGAUGGAGAGGAGCUUAUGUCACAUUACAAGCCUGAGACUGUGAGCUACGCCGUGGGUCACACUGGCAGAUCUUACAGCCGACUAUCACAAGUCGAUGAUCACAGAUCUGGAUCACGAGGUUCCACUUAUUCAAAUCAAGAAGUAGAAGCAGUAAAAGUAAACCUGAACGUCGAUGGCAUUGAACAAGUGGUGGAUCGACUCAAGUCACUUUUUACUGAAGAAUGUGAGGCUUUGAAACAGGAGAUCAAAGAGCUGCAGAGAAACAUUUGGACAAAGACUGAGCAGGAUUUGAAGCCAGCAGAACCAACUCUUGGAGAAUUGAAAGAACUGAGAAAGGCCAUUCAGAAGGAUCUGGUACAUUACCCUGUUUCCUACACACCCCUGAGAGAGUUUAAAACCAGUCAGAGAUCGGGCUGUGGAGCUUCUCAUCUGCCUACAGUUACAAACCGGAAGCAGCCGUCAGGAACGUGCGAUGUCGAGGCGUCAAGUCAUUUGCAGCUAACACUAGCGUCCAAACAACAGGCAGAGAUGUGGUGGGUGCUGUGGCUGCUGGGGGCCUUGCUGGCUCUCUUCUCCUCUCUGGACGUGUGGUACUUCCUGCGGGCCGGUGUGGUCAUCCUCAGAGCCUGGUUCCAGGGGCCGGUGUUCGACAUCACGGCGGAGCAGACGGUCUCGGGCCGCGUCACGUUCAACGACAUCGACAUGUGUCAUAUGAACAACGCUCGCUACCUACGGGAAUGUGACUUUGCCAGAUUCUCCCUGUACACGCGCAACGGUGUGUUCAAGGCUGUGCGCGCUCUCCGGGGCAACAUGGUGGUGGGGGCCAACACCAUCCGCUACAGGAGGGCGUUGUGUAUCGGCGAAGGCUACGAGCUCAGGAGUCGGAUCGUGACGUGGGACGACAAGGCCUUCUACCUGGAGCAGAGAUUUGUGUCGACCAAAGAUGGCCUGGUCUGUGCCGUCAUGUACUGCAAGCAGACGGUCAUACGCACCACUCCUGAGCAGAUCAUGCAACAUCUGUGCAAGAGAAAGGUUGAGUGUCCGGAGUUUCCUGAGGAUCUUCAGCACUGGGUGAACUUCAUCUCAGCCAGCAGCCUGUCACUCAGAGCUGAGAGUGGACUGGAUGAAAAGAACAAAUGA